AGGAUGGAUAAAUACAAUCUAACAAUUCUGCAAGAAUUCAUUCUCCUGGGCAUCACAGGUCGCCCAGAGCUCCAAGCUCCAUUGUUUGUUCUGUUCCUCCUCAUCUAUAUGACCUCACUGGUGGGCAACUUGGGCCUGGUCAUCCUCACCAAGAUGGACGCCAAGCUGCACACACCCAUGUAUUUCUUCCUCAGACACCUGGCUCUCACCGACCUUGGUUACUCAACAGCUGUGGGGCCCAAAAUGUUAGUCAACUUUGUUACAGAUCAAAAUACAAUCCCCUAUCAUUUAUGUGCCACACAGAUGGCUGUCUUCAUCAUGUUCAUUAUUAAUGAGCUUUUUAUCCUCUCAGCCAUGUCCUAUGACCGCUAUGUGGCCAUCUGUAACCCUCUUCUCUACACAGUCAUCAUGUCGCAAAGGGUUUGCCUAGUGAUAGUAGGCAUCUCUUAUCUCUACAGCACCUGUGUUUCUCUUCUGAUCACCAUAAAGCUUUUUAACUUGACCUUCUGUGGAUUUAACGUGGUCAAUCAUUUCUACUGUGACAAUUUCCCUUUAUUAACUUUGCUCUGCUCAGAUACCUAUGAAAUUGAAUAUCUGAUAAUGAUUUUCUCAGCUUUUAAUUUGGCUUUCACUCUUUCCAUAGUUUUUGUGUCCUAUUCACUUAUCCUCAUUGCCAUUCUCAGGAUGAACUCUGCCCAGGGGAGACACAAAGCUUUUUCUACCUGCGGCUCCCACUUGACUGUGGUGACUGUGUUCUAUGGCACCUUGAUCUUUAUGUAUGUGAAACCCAAGUCCAGUCAUUCUUUUGACACUGACAAAAUGGCUUCCAUUUUUUAUACCCUCAUUAUUCCCAUGUUAAAUCCCUUAAUCUACAGUUUGAGGAACAAAGAUGUAAAGUAUGCUCUACAAAGGAUGUGGAAAAAGAUAUACAGUGCCUUUUCUUAA